AUGUACACUGGUUUGUUCGGUGUCUCCAUCCCACUUUUGUGGAUAUCUUCGGCUGGCUCUACCAUAUUCUGGAUUGUUGGUGCUUCGGCAACAUUGGUAUUGUGUCAUGCUGCGUUCCUUGAACCCGGCGUCGAAGGCGGAUUUUCUGCGGCAAAUCAUGUUUAA